GACAGGUUGUUUUGUUUUGGUGGUUGUGGGUGGUUUUGGUUUUGCUGCCUGAGCUGUGACCUUUGGGGAGGUUCUUGGGAUGCGAUUGCAGCCCCCGGAGCUGCUGCUGUGCUUUGGCAGGGCUGCCCUGGUCACGGCACAGCCCGGCUGCCCUGGGGCCUCGGGUCCUGCCAGGGGCAGGGAAUGCAGGUGUCAGUGGUGGUUCCGUGGCCUUGGGUCCUUGCAGGGUCAGGGAAUGGGGGUGUCAGUGGUGAUUCCGUGGCCUUGGGUCCUUUCAGAGUUAUGGAAUGCAGGUGUCAGUGGUGGUUCCAUGGCCUUGGGUCCUUGCAGGGUCAGGGAAUGGGAGUGUCAGUGAUGGUUCCGUGGCCUUGGGUCCUUCCAGGAUCAAGGAAUGGGGGUGUCAGUGGUGGUUCCGUGGCCUUGGGUCCUUUCAGAGUUAUGGAAUGGGGGUGUCAGUGGUGGUUCCUUGGGUCCUUCCAGGAUCAAGGAAUGCAGGUGUCAGUGGUGAUUCCGUGGCCUUGGGUCCUUCCAGGAUCAAGGAAUGGGGGUGUCAGUGGUGGUUCCGUGGCCUUGGGUCCUUCCAGGGUCAGGGAAUGGUUCCGUGGCCUUGGGUCCUUGCAGGGUCAGGGAAUGGUUCCAUGGCCUCGGGUCCUUGCAGGGUCAGGGAAUGGCGGUGUCGCAAUCCCGAAGCACGGCUCGGUUUCAGCGCUCCGGGGUGGUUUUCUCUUUUUGUCUGCUCCGUUCUGGCUCCAGAGGAGCGGUGGAAGGAGGGGGAAGGAGCCGGGGCCCCGCGUGACUCCGGGGAUUGGGAAAGCAUCGGCCCAGCUGGGGAAUAAACAGGGUUGGGAAAGAGCCCUGGCCCAGGUGUGCAGCAGGUGUGGGGCUGCUGGGCUGGAGCCCGGCCAGAAUCCAGUCCCUCUCUCAAUUUUCCCCCCUAAGAGCCAGCCCCUCUCUUCGUUUCCCUUCCCAGAAUCCAGUCCCUCUCUCAAUUUUCCCUCCCAGAAUCCAGUCCCUCUCAAUUUUCCCUCCCAGAAUCCAGUCCCUCUCUCAGUUUCCUUCCCCAGAAUCCAGUCCCUCUCUCGGUUUCCCUCCCAGAAUCCAGCCCCUCAAUUUUAAUCUCCAAGAGCUGGUCCCUCUCUCAAUUUUCCUCCCCAGGACUCGUUCCUCUCUCGAUUUCUCUCCCCAGUGUCCAGUCCCUCUCUUGGUUUUCCUUCCCAGGAUCCAGUCCCCCUCUCAGUUCCCUCCCACCUGCCCGGGCUCUCCUGCUCUGGGAGGGGUUUUUGGGUUUUUGUGUUUUUGGUUUUCCUGCCUGAGCCGUGACCUUUGGCAAGGCCGGGAUGCGAUUGCAGCCCCGGAGCUGCUGCUGUGCUCUGGCAGGGCUGCCCUGGGGCCUCGGGUCCUGCCAGGGGCAGGGAACGGUUCUGGGGCCUCGGCUCCUGCCAGGGGCAGGGAACGGUUCUGGGACCUCGGGUCCUGCCAGGGGCAGGGAACGGUUCUGGGGCCUCGGGUCCUGCCAGGGGCAGGGAAUGGUUCUGGGGCCUCGGGUCCUGCCAGGGGCAGGGAACGGUUCUGGGGCCUCGGGUCCUGCCAGGGGCAGGGAAUGGUUCUGGGGCCUUGGGUCCUGCCAGGGGCAGGGAAUGGUUCUGGGGCCUUGGGUCCUGCCAGGGGCAGGGAAUGGUUCUGGGGCCUUGGGUCCUUCCAGGGGCAGGGAACGGUUCUGAGGCCUUGGGUCCUGCCAGGGGCAGGGAAUGGUUCCGUGGCCUUGGGUCCUUCCAGGAUCAAGGAAUGGAGGUGUCAGUGCUGAUCCAUGUCCUCAGGUCCUUUCAGGGUUGUGGAACCGGGGUGUCAGUGGUGGUUCCAUGGCCUUGGGUCCUUCCAGGGUCAAGGAAUGGGGGUGUCAGUGGUGGUUCCAUGGCCUUGGGUCCUUCCAGGGCUAUGUUAGUGCUGAUCUGUGUCCUCAGGUCCUUCCAGGGUCAGGGAAUGGGGGUGUCAGUGCUGAUCCAUGUCCUCAGGUCCUUUCAGGGUUGUUGAGGUGAUGUCAGUGGUGAUUGCUGAUUUCAGGACCUUCCAGGGUCAAGGAGUGCGGGUGUCAGUGGUGGUUGCAUGGCUUUGGGUCCUUCCAGGGCUGUGCAAUGGUAGUGGUCAGUGCUGAUCCUUGGGUCCUUUCAGGGUCAAGGAAUGGGUCGUGGUCAGUGGUGAUCUACAUCGUCAGGUCCUUGCAGGUCUAUGGAAUGGGGCUGUAAGUGCUGGCCCGUGCCCGCAGGUCCUUGCAGGGCAGUGCAGCGGGGCUGUCAGUGCCCGCAGGUCCUUGCAGGGCUGUGCAGCGGGGCUGUCAGUGCCGGCCCGUGCCCGCAGGUCCUUGCAGGGUGGUGCAGCGGGGCUGUCAGUGCCCGCAGGUCCUUGCAGGGCGGUGCAGAGGGGCUGUCAGUGCCCGCAGGUCCUUGCAGGGCGGUGCAGCAGGGCUGUCAGUGCCCGCAGGUCCUUGCAGGGUGGUGCAGCGGGGCUGUCAGUGCCCGCAGGUCCUUGCAGGGCGGUGCAGCGGGGCUGUCAGUGCCCGCAGGUCCUUGCAGGGCUGUGUAGCGGGGAUGGGUGUGGGGAGCGCUGCACAGGCAGAGCUGGAGAUGCUGCAGGAGGCCCUGGGAACGCAUUCCCGCUUUCCCCGCGCGUUUUCCAGGGAUUUCCCGGGGGAAAAUCCCGCUCGGGGGUGGCAGCGGUGACCUUGGCGCUGCCGGAGGGGUCACACGGGGCCGAGGGGCCGCAUCUGUGCCGUCCCCAGCGGGUCCCGGAGGCGAUCCCAGCCUCGGGAGGGACCGGGGGAUCCGGGGAGGCGAUCCCAGCCUCGGGAGGGAUCGGGGGAUCUGGGGAGGCGAUCCCAGCCUCGGGAGGGAUCGGGGGAUCCGGGGAGGCGAUCCCAGCCUCGGGAGGGAUCGGGGGAUCCGGGGAGGCGAUCCCAGCCUCGGGAGGGAUCGGGGGAUCCCAGCCUGUGCAGGGUCACUCCUGGCAGCCUCCACCGCCCUUCCCCAGUUCGGGAUUCCCGGAGCUUUCCCGGGAUCGGGUCUGGGGGUUCGGGGGAGCGGCCGGGAGCUGCUGCUGCUCUCCGCGGGCCUGGAGGGGAACCGGGCUGGGAUCGGGGAGAUCCUGCGGCCGCGCCUUCCCCGAGCCCGGCUCUGCCCAUCCCCGCCCGGACCAGGGCUGUGGUCCGUGAUUUACCCCAAAUCCCGGCUCUGCCCAUCCCCGCCCGGACCAGGGCUGUGGUCCGUGAUUUACCCCAAAUCCCGGCUCUGCCCAUCCCCGCUUAUCCUCAGGGCUGUGGUCCGUGGUUUACCCCAAAUCCCGGCUCUGCCCAUCCCCGCUCAUCCUCAGGGCUGUGGUCCGUGAUUUACCCCAAUCCCGGCUCUGCCCAUCCCCGCUUAUCCUCAGGGCUGUGGUCCGUGAUUUACCCCGAUCCCGGCUCUGCCCAUCCCCGCUUAUCCUCAGGGCUAUUUUCCAUGAUUUCCCCCGAUCCCGGCUCUGCCCAUCCCCGCUCGCUCUCAGGGCUCUUUUUCUUGAUUUUCCCCUAAACCCGUGCCAGACAGGAAGGCUCUGUUUUCCCUGAUUUUUCCCCUGAUUUCCCCUGAUUUUCCCCCUGACCGUGGCCGGACAGGAGGGCUCUGUUUUCCCCGAUUUCCCUGAUUUUUCCCCGAUUUCCCCCAGACCGGACAGGAGAGCUCUGUUUCCCCUGAUUUUUCCCCGAUUUCCCCUGAUUUUCCCCGAUUUCCCCCAAACCGUGGCCGGACAGGAGGGCUCUGUUUUCCCCGAUUUCCCCUGAUUUUUUCCCCGAUUUCCCCUGAUUUUUUCCCCGAUUUCCCCUGAUUUUUUCCCCGAUUUCCCCUGAUUUUUCCCCGAUUUCCCCUGAUUUUUUCCCCGAUUUCCCCUGAUUUUUUCCCCGAUUUCCCCUGAUUUUUCCCCGAUUUCCCCUGAUUUUCCCCGAUUUCCCCCGGACCGGACAGGAGCCGGAGCCGCUGUCGCUCCAGGAAAUCCCGUCUGCCUCCCACGUCACUCUCAGCCCAUCCCGGCGCCCUCCUCCUCCUCCCCCACUCGCUGCUCCCACAUUUUCACAUUUCGGGGUGGAUUUUUUUUAUUUUUUUUUCGCUUUCAGGGUGGGAUUUUUCCCCCUGACUCCCCGGAGAACGCGGAGCAGCCGCAGAUCCUCCCGCGGGAUCCUCCAGGGAGCCCCGGGGCUGUCCCCGCCGGCCCGGGCGGGGAUGGAGCUGCGGAUGGCUCCGGGGGCAGGGAUGGAAAUUUUUCCAUGACUUUUCCUGGCACAUUGCGACUCCCGGUGGGUUGUGCGCGGCCCAGGCGCGACCUUGCCGGGGGAAUACGGGCGAUAUAAAUAAUUUCGGGAAGAAGCUGGAGCUCGCUCCGGGAAUGCUGUGCGGGAUUUUUUUUUUUUUUUCAUUUUUUUGGGCGUUGCAGCACCCGGAGAGCGGGCGGGGCGCGGCGGGGGGAGGGGGUUCAGGGGAAUUAUGAAAUCCACUUGAUUUUUAUCCCACGGAUAAAAAAAUGCCCAUUAUGAGCCGGGGUUAAAGACAAAGCUGGGAUUAAAUCCCAGCGCUUCCCUCUGCAGCAUUGGGGGUGGGGAGGGCGGCGGAGGCUCCGUGCCCGGGGCCGUUUCCACAACACGAGGAUAAAAAUACGUGGGGCAUGUGAUGAGCUGCGGGGGCUCAGCGCCGUCACCCCCCCGCCCCGGUGCGGGGAUCUCCUUACACUUGGCCGCGGUUACCGGAGCCGGGGCGUGCCCGGGAGCACCGCGGGGAGGAGGGGACGGGCCUCGCCGGGGGUCGCGCACUCCGGGCCGGACUGUCCCGGGGGACGGGGCCAAGGUGACCCCGGGCUGUGUCGGUUCCCGGGCCGGGGGUCCCGGUGCUCCCCGCCCCCCCCCGUUCCCCAUUCCCGGUGCGGUGCGGGCG